UGAAAACGGAACUAGACGGACCGAAACUAAACAGUGAAUUUUAUUUAGAUGAUUUGUGUUAUGCCUUUUAUCAAUAAUUGAAGUGGAUUUCACGAGCGACCGAACGUGAAAUCGAAAUCAACUUCCUCCACCUAUCAUGCGGCUCCAUAGAAUUUUGAUUUGACGGUUGCGUGACCCAUUUCUCUGGCUAUUGAAUAAAUUUUGAAAUCUGGUAUUUCCCAAAGCCAAUAUGCAAAGUGAUGUAAUCAGCAUAAUAGGUAACAAUAAUGCCGGAAUCAGAGGAAGCGUCUCCACUUUCUGGUCUACUGUGUAACUAGCCCAAGUGAACAAUAACAGUAUUGAGUAUUGAGCAUUUAUCCGCUGUAUAGACAUAUUCAUAAUAAUGUAAAGCGUGCAGCUAAAACGUCCGAAGAGCUCAAGGGCGCCGGAAAUGAAUAAACUAAUCGAAAACUCCGGCCAGUUUCAAGGUGACGUCAGCAACUCGUAUAUAUACAUCCAUCAGGCUAAGAACUGUAUCAUUCACAUUCACCGCCGCAGAUUGAGAAUAACCGACAACAUGAAGUUGCUCAUCAUUUCCUUCGCUUUGGUUGCUUUUAGUAUGGCCAUGCCAACAACUAGUAAUACAACAACAAUGACGUCAUCACUGUUGGAGCUGCUGACCAACUCCGGAUUCACCGAGUUAGCCGAGUCCCUAAUCCAUCACAAUAUGACCAACAUCAUCAAUGCUUCUCAUGCGAUGACCAUCUUUGCUCCAUCCAAUGAGGCAUUCCGUCUCCUCAGAGAGAACCGCUGGACGAAGAACAUGACCCACGACAUGAUGGUCAAGGUACUGGGUCGUCUGGUUGUGCCGCAUCGCAAACUGCUGCCGACCGAAGUCCGCAACGAAAUGAUGGUCGAGACCGCAUCGAACGAGAAACUUCGUUUGAAUAUUUACCCGAAGGUGAGAACGGUCAACGGCAUUAUAGUUGUGAUGGAACCCAAUGUUCAAUCUGAAAAAGUCAUCAUCUACAAAAUGAUGCGCUUCCCAACGUCGCCCGCUCCGGGACGGGAUCUGUUCGAAAUGUUGAAUAGACGCAAGGAUCGCUUCUCCACUCUUUCACGCGCCAUAGAGGUCGCCAAUUUGAAAGACACUUUGAAGACAGGUGGGCCGUUCACUUUAUUCGCUCCGACUAACGACGCCUUUAAAGCCCUGCCUGAAACAAAAUUAGCUAAACUGAUGGAAUCACCGGCCGAGCUCAAGUCCAUCUUGCUGGGUCACAUUGUCAACGGAACCUACUUCCUUGGUGGGUUCAUGACUUCGCCGGAUUUGCGCAAUCUCAUGGGCGGAUUCAACCAAAUCCUCGCUAAUGGAACCAGCAUCAAAGUUAAUGGAACUCGGAUCCACAUUCGAGAGGGUAUGAUAGCUGAGAACGGCGCCAUUCACUCCAUCGACCAUGUUCUGUUGCCCACAAAUUCAAACACCACCACAACCGUUUAGUUCGUUAUUUUUAACUCGACUUACCAAGAUAUGGAUAUCACAUUCUUUAAAAAAAUCAAAAUAUUUCCACGAUUUGUCUAAUGUGACUGCGAUUUCGGGGAUUUUCAUGGACACAGAAUACGUGUAAAAGAGAAUCCUCUUUUCUUUACCAAAUACAAAUUAUGCUACCUA